UAGGUCUGGACCUCCACGGAGGGAUAUGGGUUAAGAGAGAGUCGACUGUAGCAAUAUAUAAUGGAACUCAUCCUUCUUUGACGAUUCUAUGCGCAAUUUCGAAAACCGGGAGAUCCGUCCAGAUAGUCACGAAAAAUCGGAAUAUGAUCAACCUCUCAAGGACGGCGGCCUCUACUCAGGGCAAAUGUACUUUGAUGUACUUAGUAGCUCAAGCUUCUACGUUGGUGCUUUCGGAUAAGUGCAUCCACAUCAAAUUAGACAAACCCGGAAAUGAAGCCACGCUGCAAGACCUUCCCUUCCUAAUCUACAUGUAACAUCGAAAUCUACAGAUCUUUGAGCUACCCUCUGAGGACUUGCAGCGUUGCGUGGCUGGGGGCGAACUUUCUCACAGGAUACUAUCCCGACCCGACGAGACCCUGACUGACCAUAUAAAAGGUAUGUUAGUAGAGUCAAAAUAUUAUCGGAUUACGCCCUCUACUUUCCAUGAACCAGCCUCAACAUUUUACUCUUCCCGACCUAUUUGUCGUCUGCCCUCUGGAGGGAGAUACAAACCCGCAUUACAAGGAGGCCGGGGCAGAGUCCGCUGAUUGGAUCAACAGUUAUAAUGUCUUCACCGACCGAAAAAAAGCGUUCUUCAUGCAAGGUUGCAACGAAUUACUAGUGGCGCAUACAUACCCUUAUGCUGGGUAUGAACAAUUUAGAACUUGCUGCGAUUUUGUCAACCUGCUCUUCGUUGUUGAUGAAGUUAGUGACGACCAGAAUGGCAAAGAUGCUCGCGCCACCGGACAGAUCUAUCUGAAUACAAUGCAAGACCCAGAUUUUGACGACGGAUCGACAUUAUGCAAAAUCACCAAAGAUUUCAGAAAACGAUACAUGAGUUUAGCUGGUCCUGAUACAGCGAGAAGAUUUUUAAAACACUGCGACGACUAUAUAGAAUGCGUCUCAAGAGAAGCUGAGCUCCGUGAACAAGGGGAGGUCCUCGACCUUACAUCAUUUAUCGACCUGCGUCGAGAAAACAGUGCCAUUCGACUAUGCUUUGGGCUUUUCGAAUAUGUCCUCGGCCUCGAUCUACCACAAAAAGUUUUUGACGAUCCCACUUUCAUGGAAGCAUACUGGGCUGCCGCCGACAUGGUUUGCUGGGCAAAUGAUGUGUACUCAUACGACAUGGAGCAAAGAAAAGGCCUAAGCGGCAACAACAUUGUAACAGUACUAAUGAAAGACAGAAAUAUCGAACUGCAAGCAGCUUCUGACUAUAUCGGAUUGUACUUCAAGGUGCUCAUGGAUCGUUAUCUGGAUGCUCGAAAGCGUAUACCAUCGUGGGGCCCUGAGGUUGAUGCCGGCGUUGCACGCUAUAUGGAUGCAACAGCUCACUGGGUACGAGGCAAUCUCGACUGGAGUUUCGAAACGCAACGGUACUUUGGAGCUCGAUUUUUGGAAGUCAAAGAGACUGGAAUUGUCUAUCUCAGCCCUCAGUCUCCGGAAGAACUGAUAAGUGACUCUGGUUCUGAAAGCGAAUAAUAUAGUUUGGAAUUACAAAUGAGUCUUCUUAACGAGCGAGCAGAUACUCAAAAUUUGACGUGGCU